GGCGGGGCCGGGGCGGGGCGACCGUGGGCCGGGAGCUCAGCGGCCGGUGGCCGGCGGCGGGAGAGCGCUGGACAGCCAACGCGCCGCAGUCGCUAGCUUGGGGAGAUCGGCGCUCGGCCGGGCGAGUGUGAGCCUAGGAGAUGGCAGUAAUGGAAGUGGCCUGCCCAGGCGCCCCUGGCUCUGCAGUUGGGCAUCAGAAGGACCUCACCAAAGCCAAGGAGAAGACACAGUCCCUGGAGAAUACACAGAGCUGUGUCUACAAGCUUGAAGCUGUGGAGAAGAGCUCCGUGUUCUGUGGGAAGUGGGAGAUCUUGAAUGAUGUGAUUACCAAAGGCACAGCCAAAGAAGGCUCUGAGAGCGGGCCAUCCGCCAUCUCCAUCAUCGCCCAGGCUGAAUGUGAGAAUAGCCAGGAGUUCAGUCCCACCCUUUCAGAACGCAUCUUCAUUGCGGGGUCGCAGCAGUUCAGCCAGUCUGAGAGUCUUGAUCAAAUCCCUAACAAUGUGGCCCAUGCAACGGAGGGCAAAAUGGCCCGUGGGUGCUGGAAGGGAAAGCGUCGCAGCAAAGCCCGAAAGAGACGGAAGAAGAGUUCCAAGUGCCCAGCCAAGGCGGGUGUGGCCUUGGCCAAGUCUCUGCCCAGAACCCCUGAGCAGGAGAGCUGCACAAUCCCAGUGCAGGAAGAUGAUUCUCCACGAAGCCCUUUGUAUGUCAGAAAUGCUCCCCAGUUCACAAAGCCUCUGAAAGAACCAGGCCUUAGCCACCUCUCCUUUAAGAAACUCAGUGAGGGCCUACAGCCAGCACAGCCUCGACCAGAACUCCACAAACUGAUCAGCCCCUUGCAAUGUCUAAACCACGUAUGGAAACUCCACCAUCCCCAGGACAUGCGCCCCCUACCCCGUUCCACUCACCCCUUCCCCUACAGCAGACUGCCCCACCCCUUCCCAUUCCACCCUCUCCAGCCCUGGAAACCUCACCCCCUGGAGUCCUUCCUGGACAAACUAGCAGAUGUAGACAGCCAGAAGGCCCUACCUAGCCCACACUUGAGAAAACUGGCCUGUGUAGACCAUCAGAAACUUCUACCUGGCCCGCACUUGGAGCCCAGCUUCCCGUCCCAUGGCAACCCUGAGAAAUUUUCUGUGGAGGAAUACCUGGUGCAUGCUCUGCAAGGAAGUGUGAGCUCAGGCCAGCCCCACAGCCUGACCAGCCUGGCCAAGACUUGGUCAGCGGGAAACUCCAGGCCCCAGAGGCUCAGCCCUGAAACAGAGGACAACGAGGGAGUUCUGCUUACUGAGAAACUCAAGCCAAUAGAUUACGAGUACCGAGAAGAAGUCCACUGGGCCACACACCAGCCCCGCCUGGGCAGAGGCUCCUUUGGAGAGGUCUACAGGAUGAAGGACAAACAGACAGGUUUCCAGUGUGCUGUCAAAAAGGUGCGAGUUGAGGUGUUCCGGGCGGAAGAGCUGAUGGCAUGUGCAGGGCUGACCUCACCCAGAAUUGUCCCUCUCUAUGGUGCUGUGAGAGAAGGUCCUUGGGUCAACAUCUUUAUGGAACUUCUAGAAGGUGGCUCACUGGGCCAGCUCAUAAAGCAGAAAGGCUGUCUGCCAGAGGACCGGGCCCUCUACUACCUGGGCCAGGCUCUAGAGGGGCUGGAAUACCUCCACACACAAAGGAUUCUGCAUGGAGACGUCAAAGCUGACAACGUGCUGCUGUCCAGCGACGGGAGCCGAGCUGCCCUCUGUGACUUUGGUCAUGCUGUGUGCCUGCAACCAGAUGGCCUGGGGAAGGCCUUGCUCACAGGGGACUACAUCCAUGGCACAGAGACACACAUGGCCCCCGAGGUGGUGAUGGGGAAGCCCUGUGAUGCCAAGGUGGACAUCUGGAGCAGCUGUUGCAUGAUGCUGCAUAUGCUCAAUGGCUGCCACCCUUGGACUCAGUACUUCCGAGGUCCGCUCUGCCUCAAGAUUGCCAACGAGCCCCCACCUGUAAGAGAGAUCCCACCCUCCUGCACCCCACUCACAGCCCAGGCCAUCCAAGAGGGGCUGAGGAAAGAGCCUAGCCACCGAGCAUCCGCUGAGGAGCUCCGGGGCAAGGUCAGCUGGGCACUGCAGCAAGUGGGAGGUCUGAAAAGCCCUUGGAGGGGAGAAUAUAAAGAACCAAGACAUCCACCUCCAAACCCAGCUAACCAUCACCAGUUCCUGCAUGCCCAGCAAACGGAAUGUCUGCCGGUGGAGGACCCUGCAGGCUGGGCCCCCAAGCCGCAGCCUCCUCAACCCCCAGAGCCUCCAGAGCGGAACAAGUCCCCAGUCCUAAACUUGAGCAAGGAGGAGUCUGGCAUGUGGGAACCCUUGCCUCUGUCCUCCCUAGACCCGGCCCCUGCCAAGGGCCUCAGCCCAUCAGAGCGGAGAGCGACCUGCUCUGAGCUGGAGCUGCAGCAGCUGGAAACAGAAUUAUUUCUGAACAGUCUGUCCCAGCCUUUCUCUCUGGAAGAACAGGAGCAAAUCCUCUCAUGUCUCAGCAUUGACAGCCUUUCCCUAUCAGAGGACAGUGAGAAGAACCCAUCUAAGGCCUCUCAGAGUUCUCAGGACACCUUGAGUUCCGGCGUGCACUCAUGGAACAGCCAGGCGGAGGCUCGAAGCUCCAGCUGUAGCAUGGUGCUGGCCCGGGGGCGGCCCACUGACACCCCGAGCUACUUUAAUGGUGUCAAAGUCCAGAUACAGUCUCUCAAUGGGGAACACCUGCACAUCCGGGAAUUCCACCGGGCCAAAGUGGGAGACAUCGCCACUGGCAUCAGCAGCCAGAUUCCUGCCACAGCCUUCAGCUUGGUGACCAAAGAUGGACAGCCUGUUUGCUAUGACAUGGAGGUACCAGACUCGGGCAUCGACCUGCAGUGCACCCUGGCCCCUGACUGCAGCUUUGCCUGGAGCUGGAGGAUCAAACAUGGCCAGCUGGAGAACAGACCGUAGCCCUGCCUUCCACAAUUGGCUCCACUCUGCCCAGAGCAGCCUUCCUUCUUGGUGCUCAACACUGCCCUAAGACGCAGAGAAUCUGCUAUCCCUGGGCUCAAUGGUGAAAAACAGAGCUGAUGUGGGGGGCCGUGAAUCGUCUCCCAGGACUUCCACCUGAGUCCUGCAAGCUCUUGCCAAGAGAAUGUUUCACCCACGUGAGGAGAUAGAGAAAGCAGGAGGACACUUCUCCCAGAAGCCCUGGGAGCAGAGAGGGUGUUCUUCAAGCUGCUCCAAACAAGUUGAAUCAGUGGUCACUUGCAUGCAGCUGGGAGAGUUGCUUCCAGCCUGGGUUUGCAGGGAGUGGAUAAGCCCCUAGGCCUCUCAGCGCCCAGGCAAGUAGGAGAGUCUUAAAGGCUCACACCCAGGUGGUAUAGCUGCAAGGAGGCAGGUGUGCUCACUCUGGGGUUAGUGGGUCCUCCCUGGCCAUCGACCUCCAGUGGAUGGCACAGGAAGGAAUGGCUAACCCUGAGUAGGCUCCUUGGUAGAGGGCACUCCCCCUUUAGGCUGUCAUAGCACAGGUCCUGAGUUGAACUCUAGUUUAGCCAAGGACCAGAGAAGGUACUGAAGUCAACUGGUUCGCAGCCCCCAAACAUGUGUCCCCUUGCUGCUGGCCACCACAUUUCUCCUGGGUCUAGUGGACCUAGCAUCCAGCCCAACUAGCUGGCACUCAGUUCCCUCAUCCAUGAAAAGCCAUGGGGGAGCCACCUGACAGGAUGGCCUGCAGAUGAGACGAGAUAAAUGCUGAAGAAGGCAGAUGUCAGUGCUGCGCUCCCAGGCUGUGCUGUCAAUCCCAGCAUGCCAGCUUCCUGGACACAGGGCACUGCCAGCAACACUUUGCACUCUGAUAACCUCUAAGCACUUUCCUGGUGGCCCUCUGGGAGGGCACAAGCAGGCCAGGAGAUGGGUGAAGGGAUACAGUCCUGACCCAUCCCCAUGUACCCGACUCCUGAAGCCCCAUGGAUUUAGUACAAGCCUCAUCUUACCCCUCCUCUACGGUCCCAGGCCAGCCUGUUCUCUUUGGGGAGCUGCUUAGAACUCAUGUAGCAUUAAAUCAACUGUGAAUUCUUGGGGGAGGGAUGUUAGCACCCAAUGUCUAGCCAAAGUGGCCUCUAUUCAGUUUUUCCCAUGGAUCCAGGCUGCCUCCAGGAAAAGACCCUGGCCCCAACACACAAAACCACAGCCUUGGUGCUGCAGCUUUCAACUGUACAGAGCUCUUCAGCAAUAAAAUCUGCAGCCAUGA